AUGGAAGGCAACAAAUGCAUUAGCUAUGCUGAGCCAACUUGUGAUGAAACGGCUAAAUGGGAUGGCAAGCAGUGUGUGGUCACAGGUCGCGCCGAGUGUCACGAGGGGAUCCACAAGGGUGACGAUUGCAUCACUGCAAGCCAGCCAAAAUGCAAGGAGGAUGCCGGAUUUGAUGGCACUCGAUGUGUAUCGAAGACAACACCCCAGUGUCCCCAAGGGUCUGUGCCCAAUGACGAUGGAUCGUGUCUUACUUCCACGGCUCCUCAAUGUCCACCAAAUACCAAGCUUCAGGGUGGAAACUGCGUCUACGGUACACCUAGCUGCGCUCCAACCCAGCGUUUUGCAAAUGGGCGCUGUGAAAGUGUGGAAGGUCCCAAGUGCCCCGAAAACUUCCUCUGGAAGGGAGGAAAGUGCACUCGCAUCGUUGAAGAGCAUUGCGAGGAGGGAUUUGUCCUCAAGGACGGUCAUUGCAUCUCCGGCGCCAAACCCGAUUGUGGAGAAUUUGGAUUCAAUGGCAAGGCAUGCGUGAGCGGAAAGCCUUAUUGCCCCGACGGAACCCACCUCGACGGAGAGAGCUGUAUCUCAAACGUUGAUCCCCAAUGCCCCGAAGGAUUCCAGUUCAACGGUAGUAAGUGCAGCGCUUACGAGGUCCCUCAAUGCCCACCUGGCACCAAGCAUGAUAAGAUCAACCAAGAUUGUGUGUCCGUGGUGGAGCCUCGUUGUCCUCCUAAGCAAAAGUUUAAUGGAAAACACUGUGCAAUUGCCUCCGGUGAAUGCAUGGAAUUCCAGUUCUGUCCCACAGAAUCUUACGGAAAGGGUUGCCAACUUACCCCUGAUGGAGUCGUAUGCGAUGGCUCCACAUUCCACCAGCAACCAGAUAUUGGGACUGUCGGCCCGAACCCUGGAAAGACAGAGCACUUCAACACUGGAACCUCUGGUCAGAUUCCUGACCAGACCAUCCACCAGGGUACUGAGCAUGAGCAGCCUGGUCGGCAGACAGAGGGGCAGCCGCAGCAACAGCAGGGCGACACUGGAGCCUGGCGUCAGCAGCCUGGUGGAUACCAAACGGGAUGGCAACCGCAGCAACAGCAGGGUGAUACUGGAGCCUGGCGUCAGCAGCCUGGUGGCUACCAAACGGGAUGGCAGCCGCAGCAACAGCAGGGUGACACCGGAGCCUGGCGUCAGCAGCCUGGUGGUUCCCAAACGGGAUGGCAGCCGCGGCAACAGCAGGGUGACACCGGAGUCUGGCGUCAGCAGCCUGGUGGCUACCAAACGGGAUGGCAGCCGCAGCAACAGCAGGGUGACACCGGUGCCUGGCGCCAACAGCUCAGUGGUUCCCAAACGAGAUGGCAACCGCAGCAACAGCAGGGUAAUGCUGGGGCCUGGCGGGCACAGCCAGGUCGUUGA